UGUACCAGAGAGAAGUGGAUCAGCGAGCUAAGGCUGCACGUGGCUCUGCUGUAGCCAGAACCUGAGAUGGUUCGGAAAUAGAAAUAGAGGUUAAACUUAGCCUAAAUUAAGACAUAGCUCUGUGAUUAAACACCAGCUAGAAUUGGACGCCAGUUUGUUUUCGGUGACUGGGUUUUAUGCAGCCACUAUGAAGUACAUCCUGGUUACUGGUGGUGUAAUAUCUGGUAUUGGUAAGGGCAUCAUUGCCAGCAGCUUGGGAACAAUCCUCAAGUCCUGUGGCCUUCAUGUCACAGCUAUCAAAAUCGACCCUUAUAUCAACAUUGACGCUGGCACCUUUUCACCCUAUGAGCAUGGUGAAGUCUUUGUUCUUGAUGAUGGCGGUGAAGUGGAUUUGGACUUGGGGAACUAUGAGCGUUUCCUGGACAUCCGUCUCACUAGAGACAACAAUCUAACAACUGGAAAGAUCUACCAGUCAGUUAUCAACAAGGAGAGAAAGGGAGACUACCUGGGCAAGACUGUACAAGUGGUGCCCCAUAUCACAGAUGCCAUCCAGGAGUGGGUCAGGAAGCAGGCUAGGGUCUCAGUUGAUGGUGACAGUGCUGAGCCUCAAGUUUGUGUCAUAGAGCUGGGGGGCACGGUAGGAGACAUUGAGAGCAUGCCGUUCAUUGAAGCCUUUCGACAGUUUCAGUUCAAGGUGAAGAGGGAGAACUUCUGUAAUAUCCACGUCAGCCUGAUACCACAGCCCAAUACCACAGGAGAGCAGAAAACCAAACCAACUCAAAACAGUGUCCGAGAACUUAGAGGACUGGGUUUGUCUCCUGAUUUAAUUAUGUGCAGAUGUUCAACGCCCCUGGAGACAGCUGUGAAGGAGAAGAUUUCCAUGUUCUGUCAUGUGGAGCCCUCACAGGUAAUCUGUGUCCGUGACGUCUCCUCAGUCUACAGAGUGCCUCUGCUGCUGGAGGAACAGGGUGUUAUGAAUUUUUUCUGUCAGAGGCUGAAUCUACCUGUGGAUGUGAAGCCCAGGAAAAUGCUUUCAAAGUGGAAGGAGAUGGCUGACAGAUCUGACCGCCUCUUAGAGCGCGUUUCUAUAGCGCUAGUGGGGAAGUAUACAAAGUUGUCUGACGCCUACACAUCUGUUAUCAAGGCCUUGGAGCACUCUGCCCUCGCGAUUAACCACAAACUCGAAGUCAAGUACAUAGACUCUGAAGACCUGGAGCCUUCCACUCAGCAAGUUGAACCGGUGAAAUAUCACGAGGCAUGGCAGAAGCUCUGCAGUGCUCAAGGUGUGUUGGUACCUGGUGGUUUUGGUGUGAGAGGAACAGAAGGGAAGAUACUGGCUAUUAACUGGGCACGGAAACAGAAUAAGCCUUUUCUGGGGGUAUGUUUGGGCAUGCAGCUGGCAGUAUGUGAGUUUGCCCGCAACGUUCUCGGAUGGGAAGAUGCCAACUCUACAGAAUUUAAUCCAGAACCCCAACACCCAGUGGUGAUUGACAUGCCAGAGCACAACUCUGGGCAGUUGGGAGGGACUAUGAGGCUGGGGCAGAGGCGGACCAUUUUCAAUUCCACCUCCAGUGUUCUGAGAAAGCUGUACGGCGGUGUGGAAUAUGUGGAUGAAAGGCACAGACACAGAUUUGAGGUGAACCGAGAGCUGAAGCACCACUUUGAAAAAAAGGGCUUUCAGUUUGUCGGCCAGGAUGUGAAAGGAGAGAGAAUGGAGGUCAUUGAAUUGGAUGAUCAUUGUUACUUUGUUGGAGUACAGUACCAUCCAGAGUUCACCUCUAGGCCCAUCAAACCCUCUCCUCCGUACUUGGGGCUCCUUCUGGCAGCUGCAGGAAAACUCCAAAGCUACCUGAACAAGGGAUGUCGCCUUUCUCCAAGAGACACUUACAGUGAUCACAGCAGCAGCAAUUCCUCAGAUGAAGACAUCUCAGAGCUCAAGAAUCCUCCUCUGUCCUGAGGUUUACUGUACGUUAUGUUGUGUUUGUUAUUACAGGGUGUCCAUAAAGUCUCUACAAUUUAACACAUUUAUUACAAAAGCAAAUGAAUAGACAAAUCUGUGGAAAUAGUUACAAAAUGAAAAGUAGAUAUUUAAGUUUCUUUUGCCCCAUUUAGUUCACCUCUAUAUGGACACCAUUAGUUGCAUGAAGCACAUCCAGACGGUACUGGAUUUGUUGCCAUGUUAGCUGUAGCACAAGCCACUUUUACGCAGAGAUCCUG